CCAUAGGCGAAUAUGAAGACCUCAGAGCAGAGAACCAGAAAACAAAGGAGAAGGAUAUGAGGAUAUUUUUCCUUAACUGAAGAUUUCAAGGGGGCGCACGGCAGCAGUUUGUCUUCAAGUAGGUGCCACUUCCGGCUGUGCACCAGUGUUCUGGAUAGUUCUGGAGAGUUCGUCGCUACCCAGUUUCAGGGAAUCUGACCUGCAGAUGCGUGGGGUGUUCACCGUAUUAGCAAAAUACCUACUUAAAAAUCGGCACGUAUAUUCUCUUAAAAGAAUGAGUAAUUUGAACUCAAGGAUGUUAAAUUGGUCUGUUCCUGAGGAGAUAAUGAGCACUAAGAUGACUCAUUAUCUUGGAAGGUCCAAGGCAAGUGGCCAGACACAGAUGGUACAAAGACCAUGCUCGUUGAGUAGUUGUGACAAAAUUAGGCAAGAACGAGAUGAAGCUGUUAAAAAACUGGAGGAAUUUCAGAAAAUUUCUCACAUGGUUAUAGAGGAAGUCAAUUUUAUGCAGAACCAUCUUGAAAUAGAGAAGACUUGUCGAGAAAGUGCCGAAGCUCUGGCGACAAAGCUAAAUAAAGAAAAUAAAACAUUGAAAAGAAUCAGCAUGUUGUACAUGGCCAAGCUGGGACCAGAUGUAAUCACAGAGGAGAUCAACAUCGAUGACGAAGAUGUUAGCACAGACCCAGAAGGCACCCCAGAGACCUGUGUCUCUGUGCAGUGUCAGAAGCAGAUCAAAGAACUUCGAGAUCAAAUUGUAUCUGUUCAGGAGGAGAAGAAGAUAUUAGCGAUUGAAUUGGAAAAUCUCAAGAGCAAACUUGCAGAAGUAAUUGAAGAAGUAAAUAAAGUUAAACAAGAAAAAGAUCUUUUAAACUCAGAAGUUCUUGAACAGAGGAGAGUCUUAGAAAAAUGCAAUAGAGUGUCCAUGUUAGCGGUAGAAGAGUAUGAGGAAAUGCAGGUAAACUUGGAAUUGGAGAAGGACCUUCGAAAGAAGGCAGAGUCAUUUGCACAAGAGAUGUUCAUUGAACAGAACAAGCUAAAGAGACAAAGCCACCUUCUGCUGCAGAGCUCUGCUCCUGACCAGCAGCUUUUGAAAGCUUUAGAAGAAAAUGCAAAACUCAUCCAGCAACUUGAAGAAGAGAGAAUUCAGCAUCAGAAAAAGGUGAAAGACUUAGAAGAGCAGCUAGAAAAUGCAGCACUCCACAGAGAGAUUCGCAGCCUCAAACAGCAGCUAGGGCUUCUGGAGGAGGAUAAAAGAGAAUUGGAAUUGAAAUACCAGAAUUCGGAGGAGAAAGCCAGAGAUUUAAAGCAUUCCAUUGAUGAACUCCAGAAACGGGUGAACCAGUCUGAGAAUUGCGUACCUCCACCACCUCCACCUCCACCGCCGCUCCCCCCGCCUCCCCCCAAUCCCAUCCGAUCCCUCAUGUCCAUGAUCCGGAAGCGAUCCCAUCCCAGCGGCAGUGGUGCUAAGAAAGAAAAGGCAGCUCAACCAGAAACAACUGAAGAAGUCACGGAUCUGAAGAGGCAAGCAGUUGAAGAGAUGAUGGAUAGAAUUAAAAAGGGAGUUCAUCUUAGACCCGUUAAUCAGACAGCUAGACCGAAGGCAAAGCCAGAAUCUUCAAAAGGCUCUGAGAGUGCCGUGAAUGAGCUCAAAGGCAUACUGGGGACACUUAACAAAUCCACUAGUUCAAGAAGCUUAAAAUCCCUUGACACUGAAAACAGUGAAACUGAGUUAGAAAGGAUUUUGCGUCGCAGAAAGGUGACAGCAGAAGCAGAUAGCAGUAGUCCAACCGGGAUAUUAGCCACCUCAGAGUCCAAAUCCAUGCCAGUGUUGGGUUCUGUAUCCAGUGUAACAAAAACAGCCUUGAACAAGAAAACUCUGGAGGCAGAAUUCAACAGCCCGUCCCCCCCAACACCUGAGCCAGGUGAAGGGUCGUGUAAAUUGGAAGGAUGCACAAGUUCCAAGGUUACAUUUCAGCCUCUCAGUAACGCCGGAUGCAGGAGCGAGUGCUUUGGCCGUGAGCAACAAGCUGGACCCGUUGUAGUUUUAGAUCCUGUUUCCACACACAAACCCCAAACCAAAGACCAGGUCACUGAAAAAGAUUCCACUCAGUGCAAGGAUGGCGAAGAUGAAAUGAAACCAGAACACAAAGAAGACGGCAUUGACAAAAUGAGAGACACAGACAGCUCCCACUGCUGAUCCGUACACUGGAAGGCUGACAGGUGUACAAGCCCUUUCCGACGAGUACGCGAUCAGUUCUGGCGUAUUGGCAAGCGCCAUAGACAUUCUGUUCUUGUCACUGUACUCAGAAUGCAGGCUCUUUUCUGGUGUCACUUUUGUAAGUAAUUUGCCUAUAAACAUAAGUAAGUUCAGCAAAAUACACAUCCUAUGUAGGUUUUGUUUUUCUUCCUAGGGAUAAGAUGUUUUUUCUCGAAUUACUGUAUUGUGACUUCUUUUAGAAGGUUACAGAAAAUUCAGAUGUCUUAUCUUUUUAGGUAACAUGCAUACCACUCAUCAAGUGUAAUGCUGAAAGUUUGCAGCAUUGUGGAUAAGUGGAUAAACAGAACUGACCAACUUAAGGUGAUUUAAGAGCCCCCCCCCCCCCCCCCCCCCCCCGCCCCACAGCAGCUUCUGUUUUAGGUCUGAUCUUUGUUGGAGAGAGAAACUACAAUAGUGUGGAAAUGGUGAGGCGCUGUGGCGUACAGAUUCCUCUAGGAUAUACCGAGCUGAACUUCAAAUUCAGGAGCUGCGGACAUCAAACCAGCCCUCCCAGAGUCCAGGCUAAUAGCACGCUUUGUCAGCUGUGGAACGGGGAAUGUGCACCAGUGACUGUGUCCAAAGCCUCCCAAGGACUCCAGUGGGAAUGCGCUGGUGGCUCAAAUGCAGAAUGGAGGGGAAAGUCCCAACCUUGGGUUUCAUAGAGUAUUAUCUUAGUAAAACAUGUGCUCUGUGCUCCGAGCUUGUUGUGUUUUCUCCCGUACUGAGUAGCACCAGUACCGUGGUUUAUCGCGAUUCUUCUGUACAGUGACAAGAAGUGACAAGCACACAGUUUUCUUGCUUCACUGCUGUUCUACAUUACACAGGUUUGUUGUGUGUGUGUUUUUUCUUAAAGAAAUUAAGUGGUAGUUAGUCUCUAAAAAUACAGUGUUUCAGUCUACCACAGUGAAUAAAUAGAAAUGUAAUCAGGGAUUAAAAAAAAAAAAAAAAACUUACACAGCUUUUUCCAAGUUGAUUGUUUCCAAAUUGGUGUUGAUUUAAAAUAAGUAGUAAUGUACUUGAAUGCAUUUUUUUAUGACAAUGAUUCAGUAAUGGUAAUUUUACUAUUAAAGAAAGUGAAAGGUUUAGUUUUGUUAGCGUGGCUCAGCAUGUAGCUGUCAGGUGUUUCUCACCUAAGGGCAAAAGAAAAUGAUAGUAAUAACGGCAGUUCUGUUUUCUUUUUGCACGUGUGCUAAGCGUAGGCUUGAAGAGGCGGGUAGGCAGGUAAAUCAGUAUACUUCCUAAAUUUGGAGAUAAUUAUCCUUCCGUAGGUUUGUUAUGCUUGACUGUUUCCAUGUUCUUCCAGUGAUGAUUUUACAGUUACUUAUCGGUUUACUCAUGGGGAAUUAAACUGUAAUGUUUUCCAAUUGUAAUUUUCCUAAUCGAAUAAUACAGCUAUAUGAUAUACUAACUACAGACUGCAUUAACUCUUAAACCAGUUCUGUUAGGCUGUGAUUUGAACUCUCCUCGCCACACUUAUUAAAAAGCACUGACAAUUUCCCACUAAAGGUCCACUGUGGUUAUUGACGGUUUUGGUUGAGUUCCCCAAACUGGUCACUCUUUAGUAAAAAAAAAUUGCCUAAGAGUCGAUAAUUUUAGUAAUUGUUAGUACUUUGCACCGUGGUUUAUUCUGAGGAAUUUUAUCCCGUGUUUCUUCAUGCUCUCCUUCCUGGGUCUGUCAUGAGCCUGCUGGCAACGUGUUUUACAUACACUUAGGAAUAUAAAGACGCACACAGACUCGUCAUUCCAUAUUUCAUCCCACACGUCAACAGGAUGACGCACUUAUGAAAACACUGUCGUUUCCAGGGUGAGGAGGUAACCGCUUGGUGAGAUGUGUUGGCUGGGCCAGGCAACACUUAGUACCUGGUGUUCGAAAGUGUGCUUGCCUUUUCCAAGUUGCUUUCUUACUUCAUGGUGAUCACAAAGCGUUGAGAAUUAGUUUGACAGCAAGGUAUCUGGUAGAGGAUUUUACUCCCCUUGUUCUGCCAGCAGUAUUACUUUUCACAUCAGUUUUGAGGAGGUUUUGCCCCUGCUGGGGUGCCCUUGUCAGCAAACAGUCCAGAACGGGAAGACACAGGAAGACUAGGGCUCGUAUCUGCAGGGUACAUUCUUAGCUAUUUGCACAAAAAAAUUGUAAAUGAGUGAAAAGGAGGGGUGGCGUGGCUCUGGUCACUCACCAGCAACUCCUCUUUCCUCACCUUCUUUGUUAACACACGAUGUGUUGGAAAUGGAAUAGUGUAGGUACAAAUGGUGGUUCGUUAUCUUUCCAGACCACCGUAAGGUUGUAGGUUAGGUGAAGGCUAGUCCAUAUUACAGAAUCCUGGAUGAUUUUUCUGUGUGUGUUGAAUUGCUUUCAUCAUGGAACAACGUCAGCUUAUUUGGCAGUACUCUGUGGAGAGGGGACAGCUGUCCGUCGUCAUCACUAACCUUAGAAGGAUCAUCAGACAGCCUUUAUGUAACAGAUUCGAUUGGUUUGGAAGUUUCUUCCUGGCACUAACAUUCCCCAGUCCUACCGUCAUUGAUGUACAUGGGGUAUGAGUAGUCUCUUUUACUUCUUUUAUAGAUAAUAAUUUCUAUGUAGUGUAUGUUACAUGUUUUAUACCGAUGACGUAUUAACAUACAUGUAUGGAGAGAGAGAGAGAAGAUAGAAGUAGAAACUGUGUUCAUCACUUUGAGAAAUUAGAAUGUUCCCUCUCCGUUGGUGACCCCAGUCCUCGAGUGAGGAAAAGGUGGAUGGGCUGUGCCCUGUGUUGAAAUGAAAGCCCUGACCUGGUU